AUGGAGGAUAUUUAUGCAGCCCUCGAUGGCGAGAACAUCCUUCCCAAGCUUGCCUCGCAGCUCAGCAGACAUUUGCUGUUUCCACUCGUCGAAUUCGAGGCAGGUAGAGCUGAGGACAACGGAAACGAGGAGAAGGCUAGGCAGAUCUUGAACGGCAAGCUCAAGCUGCUGCAGGACACCAACAUGGCUGACUACGUCGCCGAACUCUACAAAGAAGUGCACAAUGUGAACGAGGCGCCUGCCGAGUACGCCAAGAAGCGCAACGAUGUCAUUGCCCAGCUGGAGAAGUACGAGCAAGAGACGGCCCGCAUCUCGGAACUCCUGACACGCGAGGAUGUCGUGGGACAGCUGCGCAGCGACAAGGUGGCCAACUUGGAGUUCUUGAAAAAGGACCACGAGGUUACUAUUGAGAUGGUCGAUUCUUUGUACGACUUUGGUCAAUUUCAAUUCCGUUGCGGCAACUAUGGCGCUGCCGCAGACCUGCUCUAUCAGUUCCGAGUUCUCUCCACCGAUAACGACAAGGUGGCACAGGCGACAUGGGGAAAACUGGCAUCCGAGAUUCUAACGACGAACUGGGACUCGGCUGUUGAAGAGUUGAUGAAAGUCAAAGAGAGCAUCGACACAAAACUCUUCAGCAACCCCCGCGCUCAGCUUGAUCACCGCACCAUGCUAGUUCACUGGGCUCUCUUCCCCCUCUUUAACUCUGAAGCCGCGCGCGAGCCCAUUCUCGACCUCUUCUUCACUGCCCCUUUCAUCAACACAAUUCAAACGUCGUGUCCCUGGAUUCUGCGAUACCUGAUUGCCGCCGUUAUCACCGGUCGCUCCCGUAGCCGCAACUCGAGCCAGCACCAGAAGCAGAUGAAGGAUGUCGUCCGCUAUGUCCGGCAGGAAGCCUACGAGUACAGCGACCCUAUCACCGAAUUUAUCUCGGCUCUCUACAUUGCCCACGAUUUCAACGCCGCUCGCGAAGCCCUCGCUCGUGCGGAGGAGGUCUGCCGAGGUGACUUCUUCCUCGGCGCGACAGCGGAUGCCUUUGUCGACGCUGCGCGCCACCUCAUCUGCGAGAGCUAUUGCAAGAUCUUUAGCCGGAUGAACAUCCGCGACCUCUCUGCCAAGCUUGGCCUCAACCCCGAUGAUGGCGAGAAGUGGAUCGUCAAUCUCAUCCGCGAAACCCGCCUGGAUGCCAAGAUCGACUCGCGCGAGGGUACUGUCGUCAUGAACCACCCGCCUAACAACGUUUACCAACAGGUUAUCGAAAAGACGAAGGGUGGGUUCUUCCGGACGCAGGUACUCAACGCCGCUGUGUCCAAGUCGUGAACGAUGAUUUCUCCACUAGCAUCACAUCAUUACAAUGUGUGCCACGGGGCGCGCGCCGCUGUCACGAGACUACCAUUGUCGAGACUACCAUGUCGUGGAGCCCUCAGCCAGCGUGCGCGAGCAUACUUUCAUCCGGAUGCUCUAAAGCGGCGUCCGACAACAGGGCGAAUGACGAAUUAAAAGUGGAGGCAGCGGAGAAGGGAGGCAAGCCUAAAAUGACUUGCUUACAUCACAUGGCAUGGCGUUCGGGUACGAAAGGGACGGCGGGCGGAUGACGGUCAGGAUCAGUCACCUACAUGGGUAAGGUAAGGGCAUGCUGAGCAUAGAUGAUCAGUUCCCUGCCCAUUGGCUAGGUCGUUGCGCGUACGCGCGCAUGGCCAGGUACGUCUUAUCUCUCACUUGCCCCGCCGGCUUUUGUUUUGAGUUGUAGAAAUGGAAUGAUUUAAUACCAUGACAACGCGUCGUGCAAGGUGCGUUUGA